CCCUUUGUAGGUGGGACAAAAUUUAUAAACAAUGACUGCGAGAUCACCAAAACGGAACUGAUUCCUAAAAGUACUAUACCCCUUGCCUUUCAACACACGAAGAAAAUGCCGUCGUUCUUUUUCUUUAACCCACGGUACAUGAACGAUCCACCUGCUGAAUCGGAUGGAGAUGACGUUGACGCCCAAGAUCUGGUGCAGCAAAAUAUGCUGCCUCCAGAGACAACACCGCAGCAGUACUUUGCAUAUAUGACGACACAACACUUUCCUCCAUACGUCUCGCCUUCAUAUCCCGGCGCUCCGCCCUACAUCCCCCUGCCUUUUUCUCAACAGCAGCUUCAGCUACUACCGCUACCACCGUACGUGUCAGCACAGCAGAAUUUCCUAUAUAGUCCAAGAACAUCACGUCCGCCACAGCAUCCUCGGCAGUCAUACGGAGUUUCAACGUAUAUGGCAUCCCGACGUAAUUCAGCAUACGGCGCCCCGCGACAUCUGGCUAUUUACGGUAGUCCACGACAGCCAGGACCUGCGAGGCCGCCACACCUGUCCAGUCCACGACACUCGUGCGGAUCGCCAUAUCGGCUAGAGUACAGACGAUCGCAUCCGCCGUAUCAAACACUACCACCUCCACCACAGCCGUUAUCGUAUAUACCCGAUGAUGCGCAACAACAGUCUAUUAAUAUGCAAUAUGCAACAUCAUAUAGGAUCCAACAAGACUGGGACAGACCAGAACUGUCGCCGUAUUACAUGACAUCGUCAGACGAACCCCUGGAUAUGGGACCGCAAUAUGAUGGACCUGGCGAAGAACCGCAAGAUUUCGCCGUUGGUACGUGCAAAGAAACGCUAAAGGACGUGACCGACGAAGAGAGAGAAAAAGAUUCAAGAUCGAAAAGGAAAAACCUGCGAAAGAAAGUGAGCAAGAUAAAGACUGAUCAAGAUCAGCCGAAGUCACAAAAAAAAGAGUCAUCCGAGGGUUCGCUGUCCGAGUCGGAAGUGGUCAAGGAAGAGAAAAAAGUAUCAAAAGAUAAUGAACAGCCAUUUGUAGAAGCGAAAAAACCGCGUGAUAGGAAGUCGAAAAGGAAGACCAAAGAUGUAGAGAAGAAACCGAAGGAUCCAAGAAGAACAAAGGAUGUCGACAAAAAACCCAAAAACUUUAGGCGAACCAAAGAUGUUGACAAAAAGCCGAAACCUAAACAGGAACCAGAUGAGUCAUAAACCGUCAAGGAUGAAUGACUAGUUGGAAAUCGACACGAAGGCACCCAAUCUAUAAACACAGUGCGCGAAAGACGGGGUGUAACAAAGUUAAAAAGACUGCAAAAUGACGAAAGCAGAGUGAUUGGACUAUCAUCAUGUACACUAUAGGUGCUCUUCUACCCUUUUCUCAUGUAUUUAAUUACGGAUGGAUUCAAAUGUAUUAAAUGACUGCCGGUUUAAC